CCCCGCCCUGAGCUCGGCACUGCGCCGCCGGGCUCUUGAGCCCUUCUGGACCUUCAGCAGGCCGCGGCUCCGUAGCCCCUGCGUAGCCAUGGCUGGGGGCCGCGGAGCCUCCGGAAGCGGCCGGGCUGAGCCUCAGGAGAGCUAUUCGCAGCGACAGGACCACGAACUGCAAGCCCUGGAAGCCAUUUACGGCUCUGACUUCCAAAACGUGCGGCCUGACGCGCGCGGACGGGUCAAAGAGCCACCUGAAAUCAAUUUAGUUCUGUACCCUCAGGGCCUAACUGAUAAAGAAGUGUAUGUGAAAGUGGACUUAAGGGUCAAGUGCCCACCAACCUACCCAGAUGUAGUUCCUGAAAUAGAGUUAAAGAAUGCUAAAGGUCUGUCAAAUGAAAGUGUUAAUUUAUUAAAAUCCCACCUAGAGGAAGUGGCCAAAAAGCACUGUGGGGAGGUGAUGAUAUUUGAACUGGCUUACCACGUGCAGUUAUUUCUCAGCGAGCACAAUAAGCCCCCUCCAAAGUCUUUCCAUGAAGAAAUGCUGGAAAGGAGGGCUCAGGAGGAGCAACAGAGGCUGCUGGAGGCCAGGCAGAAGGAGGAGCAGGAGCAACGUGAAAUCCUUUAUGAGAUUCAGAGAAGGAAAGAAGAGAUCAAGGAAGAGAAAAAAAGGAAAGAAAUGGCUAAGCAGGAACGUUUGGAAAUCACUAGUUCGUCAAACCAAGAUCAUACCUCUAAGAGAGACCUGGGAGGACCCAGAACAACUGCCAUUCUGCAUGGAGGCUCUCCUGACUUUGUAGGAAAUGGUAAACCCCGGGCAAACUCCUCAGGAAGGUCCAGGCGAGAUCGUCAAUAUUCUGCAUGUAGUAGUGAAGAUUCUCCUGGCUCUUGUGAAAUCCUGUAUUUCUGUGUGGGUAGUCCCGAUCAGCUCAUGGUGCACAAAGGGAAAUGUAUUGGCAGUGAUGAGCAGCUGGGGAAACUGGUAUACAAUGCUUUGGAAACAGCCACUGGCAGCUUUGUGUUGUUGUAUGAGUGGGUCCUUCAGUGGCAGAAAAAGAUGGGCCCCUUCCUUACCAGUCAAGAAAGAGAGAAGAUUGAUAAGUGCAGAAAGCAGAUUCAAGGAGCAGAAACAGAAUUCAGCUCCCUGGUGAAGCUGAACCAUCCCAAUGUCGUACGCUACCUGGCAAUGAACUCCAGAGAGCAGGAAGACUCCAUCAUGGUGGACAUUUUGGCAGAGCACAUCAGUGGGGUCUCUCUCGCUGCACACCUGAACCACUCAGGUCCCAUCCCCAUGCACCAGCUCCGCAAGUACACGGCUCAGCUCCUGGCAGGCCUUGAUUAUUUGCAUAGCAACUCUGUGGUGCACAAGGUCCUGAGUGCAUCAAAUGUCCUGGUGGAUGCUGAGGGCACUGUCAAGAUAACAGACUACAGCAUCUCUAAGCGCCUGGCAGACAUUUGCAAGGAGGAUGUAUUUGAGCAAACCCGAGUUCGUUUUAGUGACAGUGCCCUGCCUUAUAAAACAGGGAAGAAAGGGGAUGUAUGGCGCCUGGGCCUUCUGCUGCUGUCCCUUAGCCAAGGACAGGAGUGUGCAGAGUAUCCUGUGACCAUCCCCAGUGACUUACCAGCCGACUUCCAAGAUUUCCUGAAGAAGUGUGUUUGCCUGGAUGACAAGGAAAGGUGGAACCCUCAGCAGUUGCUGAAACACAGCUUUAUAAACCCUCAGCCCAAAAUGCCUUUAGUGGAGCAAAGUCCUGAAGAUUCUGGGGGACAAGAUUACAUUGAGACUGUCAUUCCCAGCAACCAGCUACCCAGUGCUGCGUUCUUCAGCGAGACACAGAGACAGUUUUCCCGAUACUUCAUUGAGUUUGAAGAAUUACAGCUUCUCGGCAAAGGAGCUUUUGGAGCAGUCAUCAAGGUGCAGAACAAGCUGGACGGUUGUUGUUAUGCUGUGAAGCGCAUCCCCAUCAACCCAGCCAGCAGGCACUUCCGCAGGAUCAAGGGUGAGGUGACACUGCUGUCACGCCUGCACCAUGAGAACAUCGUACGCUACUACAACGCCUGGAUUGAGCGGCAUGAGCGGCCUGCUGUACCAGGGACGCCACCCCCAGAUUCAACACCCCUGGCCCUGGACAGCCGAGCUGCCUGUGGGCAUGCAGCAGGCGACACAGAGGAGCUGGGCAGCGUGGAGGCAGCAGCACCACCACCCAUCCUUAGCAGCUCGGUGGAGUGGAGCACGUCUGCAGAGCGCUCCUCCAGUGCCCGCUUCCCAGUGGCUGGCCAGGGCUCCAGCAGCGACGAGGAUGAUGACGAGGAUGAUCAUGAUGGAGUCUUCUCCCAGUCCUUUCUGGCUGCUUCAGAUUCUGACAGUGACAUCAUCUUUGACAAUGAAGAUGAAAACAGUAAAAGUCAGAAUCAGGGUGAAGAUUGCAGUGAAAAAGAGAGCGGCCAUAAGAGCGAGCCGUCAGUGACCACUGAGGCUGUGCACUACCUGUAUAUCCAGAUGGAGUACUGUGAAAAGAGCACUUUACGUGACACCAUUGACCAGGGACUGUUUCGAGACACUGUCAGGCUCUGGAGGCUUUUUCGAGAGAUUCUGGAUGGAUUAUCUUAUAUCCAUGAGAAAGGAAUGAUUCACCGGGAUUUGAAGCCUGUCAACAUCUUUUUGGAUUCUGAUGACCAUGUGAAAAUAGGUGAUUUUGGUUUGGCAACAGACCAUCUAGCCUUCACUGCUGAUGGCAAACAGGAUGAGCAGGCAGGAGAUCACGUGAUUAAGUCAGACCCUUCAGGCCGCUUGACUGGCAUGGUUGGCACUGCUCUGUAUGUAAGCCCUGAGGUCCAAGGAAGCACCAAGUCUGCAUAUAACCAGAAAGUAGAUCUCUUCAGCCUGGGAAUUAUCUUCUUUGAGAUGUCCUAUCAUCCCAUGAUGACAGCCUCAGAAAGAAUCUUUGUUCUUAACCAACUUCGAGAUCCCAUAUCACCCAAGUUUCCAGAAGACUUCGAUGAUGGAGAGCAUACAAAGCAGAAAUCUGUCAUUUCCUGGCUGUUGAAUCAUGAUCCAGCAAAACGGCCCACAGCUAUGGAACUGCUUAAGAGUGAGCUGCUGCCCCCACCCCAGAUGGAGGAAUCAGAGCUGCACGAAGUUCUGCACCACACACUGGCCAACAUAGACGGGAAGGCCUACCGCACCAUGAUGGGCCAGAUCUUCUCUCAGCAUAUUUCCCCUGCCAUAGACUAUACCUACGAUAGUGACAUACUGAAGGGCAACUUUUUGAUCCGUACAGCCAAGAUACAGCAACUUGUAUGUGAAACCAUCAUCCGCAUCUUUAAAAGACAUGGAGCUGUCCAGUUGUGUACCCCACUGCUGCUUCCCCGCAAUAGGCAGAUAUAUGAGCACAAUGAAGCUGCUGUGUUUAUGGACCACAGUGGGAUGCUGGUGAUGCUUCCUUUUGACCUGAGGGUCCCUUUUGCAAGAUAUGUGGCAAGAAAUAACAUAUUGAAUUUAAAAAGAUACUGCAUAGAACGGGUGUUCAGACCUCGCAAGUUAGACCGAUUUCAUCCCAAAGAACUUCUGGAAUGUGCAUUUGAUAUCGUCACUUCCACCACCAACAGCUCUCUGCCAACUGCCGAGACUAUCUACACCAUCUACGAGGUCAUCCAGGAGUUCCCACCACUUCAGGAAAGAAAUUACAGUAUUUACUUGAACCAUACAAUGUUACUGAAAGCAAUACUCUUACACUGUGGGAUCCCAGAAGAUAAACUCAGUCAGGUCUAUGUUAUUCUGUAUGAUGCUGUGACAGAGAAGCUGACGAGGAGGGAAGUGGAGGCUAAAUUUUACAAUCUGUCAUUGUCUUCUAAUAGUCUAUGUCGACUCUACAAGUUCAUCGAGCAGAAGGGGGAUUUGCAAGACCUAACGCCAACAAUAAACUCAUUAAUAAAACAGAAAACAGGUGUUGCCCAGCUGGUGAAGUACGGCUUAAAAGACCUAGAGGAGGUUGUGGGACUGCUGAAGAAACUUGGCUUAAAGUUACAGGUCUUGAUCAACCUAGGCUUGGUUUACAAGGUACAGCAGCACACCGGCAUCAUCUUCCAGUUUGUAGCGUUCAGCAGACGCAGGCAGAGGGCUGUGCCUGAAAUCCUAGCAGCUGGUGGCAGAUACGACCUGCUGAUUCCCAAGUUUAGAGGUCCACAGGCUCUGGGGCCAGUUCCCACUGCUGUCGGUGUCAGCAUAGCCAUAGACAAGAUAUUUGCUGCGGUCCUCAACAUGGAAGAACCUGUUACUGUAAGCUCCUGUGAUCUCCUGGUUGUCAGUGUUGGCCAGAUGUCCACGUCCAGGGCCAUCAACCUGACGCAGAAACUCUGGACGGCAGGAAUCACAGCAGAAAUCGUGUAUGACUGGUCACAGUCCCAAGAAGAAUUACAGGAGUACUGCAGACAUCAUGAAAUUACUUAUGUGGCCUUGGUCUCCGAUAAAGAAGGAAGCCAUGUCAAGGUUAAGUCUUUUGAGAAGGAAAGACAAACAGAGAAGCGUGUGUUGGAAUCUGACCUUGUGGAUCAUGUUAUGCAGAAACUGAGAACCAAAGUCAGUGAAGAAAAGAACAUCAGAGAAGCUUCUGAUAACCUUGCAGCACAAAAUCUGAAGGGGUCAUUUUCUAAUGCUUCAGGUUUGUUUGAAAUUCACGGAGCAACAGUAGUUCCCAUUGUGAGUGUAAUAGCCCCAGAAAAGCUGUCGGCCAGCACAAGGAGACGGUAUGAGACUCAGGUGCAAACCCGACUUCAGACUACCCUUGCCAAUUUACAUCAGAAAAGCAGUGAAAUUGAAAUUUUGGCUGUGGAUCUACCCAAAGAAACAAUCUUACAAUUUCUAUCAUUAGAGUGGGAUGCUGAUGAACAGGCAUUUAACACAACUGUAAAGCAGCUGCUGUCACGCCUGCCAAAACAGAGAUACCUCAAAUUAGUCUGUGACGAAAUUUAUAAGAUCAAAGUUGAAAAAAAGGUGUCGGUGCUAUUCCUGUACAGCUACAGAGAUGACUACUACAGAAUCCUAUUUUAACCUCAUGAACUGUCAUAACAUUGUCCAAAUGGACGGGCUUAUACUGAAGUAGAAUGUUGUGCAUUCAAUGUCAUUUUAAAUUAGCUUGAAAUUCUAAGAAGCUGUCCUACAAAGUUGAGCUUUGUCAGGUUUUCAUGUUUAAUGUAUUAUAAAUUUAUCUUUUUGGAUAUAAUAAAUGCUUUCUAAUAU